GACACGCGGAAGCUGCGCAGGAGCGCGCUGCCGCCUCCACACAACGUCGCCAACAUCACCUCCUGUUCACUACAUCACCUCCUGUUCACUACAUCAUACAACAUCACCAACAUCACCUCCUGUUCACUACAUCACCUCCUGUUCACUACAUCAUACAACAUCACCAACAUCACCUCCUGUUCACUACAUCAUACAACAUCACCAACAUCACAUCCUGUUCACUACAUCACCUCCUGUUCACUACAUCAUACAACAUCACCAACAUCACAUCCUGUUCACUACAUCACCUCCUCUCACAACAUCACACAACAUCGCCUCCUGUUCACAACAUCACACAACAUCGCCUCCUGUUCACAACAUCGCCAACAUCACCUCCUGUUCACAACAUCAUACAACAUCGCCAACAUCACAUCCUGUUCACAACAUCACCGCCUCUCACAACAUCACACAACAUCACCAACAGCACCACUGUUUACCACCGUUCACAACAUCACCAUUGUUCACAACAUCAUUGUUUACCACAAUUCACAACAUCGCCACUGUUAACGAUCCUUCGCCUCUUCAUUGCAACAUUGGCGACUUCGCCGCCGCACGCUCCACGCUACGCCUCUGCCACCACCUGACCCUGCAGCUAAACCUCGGCAAGGUCACCUUCACAAUCUAGGUAGAAGCACACAAUGGACGACCUUGAGCAGAAAAAGGAAGAUGCGUUGAUGACUUCAAAUCAGGAUACAGGAAAAGAGGAGUCUGAGCAGGAUGGGGAAAAUCUUCCUCCAGCAACAGACACCAUUGAUCUGGGGCCAGAGGAGAAUGAUGAUGAGGACGUGGCUGAUAUGAGCGCUCUCCUCGGUGACACGAUGAUGGAGAGUGUUCUCAUCUCCGACUCCCCCAGUAACAGCGAGGAUGACGGCACAGCCGAGAGUGCCACUGUGCAGACCAGCGAGAAACGAGAAAGCGGCGCAGAGACGGAGCUUCAAGUGGGCUUCCAACCGGACGCCAAAGGGGACACGGUGGUCGAGCUGGCACGCGUCGCCUCCGAGAUGCACGCAGCAACAGGGACGUCGCCACCACGCACCGUGAGCGACUCUAUCGAGGGCACGAACAACGACGUCGAAAUCGAAGAAGCGGACGAUGCGCAAUCGUCGCAAAGCGCCGCUGCAGUGGCAGCGCUGGACCAGUUGAGCCCCGAGCAGGAGGAGGAGGACUCGCUGCCUGUGUGCACCAUAUUCAGCAAGGCGCCGGCAACCAAGGUGCACACACGAGAGCAGCACGCCGUGAAGGAGGACGGCUUCCAGAGCCAGAUGGUGAAGUCAGCCAGCUUCACGGCCUGUGUCGAGCAGAGCAAUCCUAAAGCUGGUGCAGAUGUCAUUCAUCCGAGUCCGAGUCUCAGCAAAUUCUUUGCAGAGGAACCCUCUACUACCGGGGCAGAGUUUUUCGAUUCCUUUACGUCUGCGUCGGCCAUCUCUGCGAACAACCCGAACGUUGAUUCUCAGGCACCACCUUCAGGCUUGGCGUCCCUCUCUUUGUCUCCGUCUGAGAGCCAGAAGCCGUUUGCUGAAAGCGAAGUUUCAAGUCACACAUCAACUGAAGCACCCCCUCCACAAGCAGCAGGUGGCUUGGAGUCUCCGCAGCCGUUCUCGGUGUUCGCUGCAGGAGAGGACGCGUUUGUGUCGGCCCUGAGCGUGAGCGAGUCGGACCGGAGGCACGACGCAUGGCUUCCCUCGGAGGAGACGCGCCGCACACUGAUUGCAGUGGCCACUCAACAGUACGGGAACAUGUUUGUUGAACGAGAGCGCCUCACCAUGCCGGGACUCAAAGCAGACGCGCCACAGGAGGACCCUGUGAGAGAGCUGCUCCACAAGUGCGUGGGAGAGCAGGAGGCAGCCAAGAGGAAAGUGCUCACGGUGGAGUCUGUGGAGCCGUCUUUGGCUGGACUUAAGCAGCUGAUUAAUUCGUGGAACUGGCGUGCGGCGGUGGAGCUCACGGGCAGACUGCUCACCGCCCAUGGGCAGGGCCACGGCAAGUGUGGCCAGCCGAGCAGCCACACCACCGACUCCAUCCAGCUCUGGUUCGUGCGUCUCGCCCUCCUGGUGAAACUGAGGCUCUUCGGCGGCUGUGACUCAGAGCUUGAGCCGUUCGGCAACUUGGACCACCCUGACCUGUACUACGAGUACUACCCCCACGUGUACCCAGCACGCAGAGGGUCCAUGGUACCGUUCUCCUUGAGGAUUCUUCAUGCCGAGCUGCCUCAGUAUCUCGGUCGGCCUCAGGAAACUCUGGAUCGUCUGCAUCAGGUCGGAGUCAUUUGUGGAAAGAUUCUAAGCAACCUAGAGAAUGGACUCGCAGAGGACGGGAGCAUGAUCAACCUCUCCACAGAAAACCGGCAAGCCUCCGUGCAGCUGUGGCGGUCGCGCGUGGCUCGCGUGCACUACUCCACCGCUAACUGCCUGCUGCUCAUGAAGGAUUACUGCUUGGCUGUGAACAUGUAUGAAGCCAUCAUCCCCAUCCAGCCAGAGCAGGAGCUUCAGCUUCUCAAUAACAUCGGAAAGAUCCUGCUUCAGGUGGGAGACCUCGCGGCGGCACAAAAGUACUUUCAGAGAGUGGAGUCCAUUUGCGAGAACAAGCAAGGCGUGCAGCAUCAGACCAUGGUGCUUAUGAACAGAGCAUUCGCACUCCUGGCAGAAAAUAAUUUCCCAGAUGCUUACCGCUGCUUCCAGGAGGUCUCCAAGUUGGAUCCCACUAAUGCGGUGGCCAACAACAACGCGGCCGUAUGCCUGCUCUACAUGGGGAAGCUGAAGGAGUCGCUGCGACAGCUGGAGGAGCUCAUUCAGAAGGAGCCUCAGCGCUACCUCCACGAGAGCGUGCUCUUCAACCUGUCCACCAUGUACGAGCUCGAAUCGUCACGCAGCACGGCCAAAAAGCAAGGCCUUCUCGCAACUGUGGCCCCACACAGCGGGGACAGCUUCGGUGUGCAGUGCCUCAAAAUGCUGUGAUGAUUUUGUGGAAGUGUGCUUCUGCAGACAUUUGUAGAUCCACUGCUCGAUGAGGGCCUCGCCACGUCGUGCGGGUCAUGGGGGUUAUUAGACCGCGCUUCACCGUGCCGGAGAGCGUGCGAGUUUGUACUCGUCGGGGAGCACCCAUGGGAGCAUAGAAGUACAGUGCAAUGGAUUUUCCUGUCCUUUAUUCCACUACUCGCUACAGACCUGCAGUCUUAUGACAGCUCCUUUGUGUGUGGUGGUCGCCCAUCCCAGCCCUAUCGAGACUCAAGCCUGCUUUGCUUCUGUGAUGAUGAGAUCGGGCGCAUCAUGUGAAAUGUGUAUAGGAAUUUUCACGGUCUGUUACGUUGGAAAUUAUAUCACAAAAAACUGCACGCCACUGUAAUUUAUACCAAUUCACUGCUAAUGUAGGAAUAAAAUACUUAGACCUGUAGCAGUGUUAUUUUGUUUCAGCCUGUGAACAAAGGACACUGCAACAUUUUUUUCCUUCAUGGCUUUUACACAAAGAUAUGAAGUUUGCUGUAUUCCUAAAUGUAUAAAAUAAAUUAGCAGACCAAA